AUGCCCGAGACCAAGCGCCCAGAAGCCGGCUCCCCUCCCCCCUCCUCCGGUCCGCUCACCCAGGCACCUCCCGACCUGGCCCCUCUCCUCGCCUGCGGCCCAGAGAACACACCGCCUGCUCCGGAAGCGCGGGCAGCUCGCCCCACCACCACGCCCCCGAAGCUCAACUCUUCGAGUCCCCGGAAGUGGGCGGGCGCGCGACCCCGCCGAGACCCCAAGGCCGGCUGGCUCGUCGGCCCCGGGGGAGAGCCGGCUAUCUCUCCCGGCCUCAGAGGCGCAAUCGCCGCGACCCCGCCCUGCGGGCGCCGGCCCAGCGCCGCGGCCAUGCCCAGCUCGGAGCUGUGGGCGGUGGAUCUCCUCGGGAGGGUGUUCACGCUGUCCACAGCCGGGCAGCUCUGGGAGCUGUGCAGGGACGCCCAGCUGGAGUUCAAGCGGGUCAGUGCGGCCGCGCCGUGCUGCUGGGGCAUCGCCUGUGACAACCAGGUGUACGUGCACGUGGGCGCCAGCGACGUCCCCAUCCGCUGCCGGGAGGAGGCCUAUGAGAAUCAGCGCUGGAACCCCGUGGGCGGCUUCUGUGAGACGCUCCUGCCGAGUGACCGCUGGCCGUGGAGCGACGUGAGUGGGCUCCAGCACCGGCCGCUGGAUGGGGUGGCGCUGCCCUCGCCGCAUUGGGAGUGGGAGUCGGACUGGUACGUGGAUGAGAAUUUUGGAGGGGAACCCACAGAGAAAGGGGUAGGUGCACUCGGGUCCCGCCGGGGCUCCCCCGCGGGGAGGGAGCGCCUCGGGCUCGGCCCGUCCCCCCAGUGCUAUCCCCAGCGCCCCGUGGCAGCAGACCUCAGCCUGGGCCCCGCGCGCUCCCCGCUUGCCGGGCCGGGUCCAUGGGGGUGA